UCGAUUUUGAAAGUUGACUGUUGUCAAACAAAUUUUGAAAAUUUAUAAUUUACGUGAAGUUAAAAUUAAAUAUCUGCUAUAUUUUUACAAGAAUAUCAAGCUAUGGAUAAUUCAAAUAGUGAAAAUGAAGUACAAAAACCAUUGCGUUCGCCUCCGCGACGGAGACGUUCAACGUUCUUUGAACGGCGUGAUUCUCUAGUACCACCCCCUUUAUCAGAAAACAUUGAUCCCAACGUUUGCAAUAAAAUAAGAUCCAUGGAUGAAAAACAGGACCACCAACUUCAGGCUUAUUGUGAUAAACUUUUGGCAGAGAAAGAACAAUGGAAAAAAGAAGUAAAUAACAGAAGAAAUGUCUACCAUGAUUUAAGGCAUCAAUAUCAAAUGGCUGUGAAAGCGCCUAGCAGAUCACGAAUCACAUAUUCCGUACUAUCCGAUGAAGACAUAGAGUUUGUUAAAGCGAAAGUCAACAUUUCCAAACUCAUAGACAGCCAACAAAAGCUACAUGAAUCUAUUAGAGAAACACAGCAACUGUACAGGCGAGCUAAUGCAUUAGAUGAUGUUUUACUCAACUAUUGUGAAGACAAAGUCAAAAAAAUUACAAAUUACAUCCUAGAGAAUAGUACAGUAGACCCUAAAGAGUGAAGAAAAUACUACUCAUUACCACUUUUGUCAGCACAAAAGUUGCUGCUGUAAUAUUUGUAAAUAUUAUUUAUAAACAAAAUAUUGUAUAAAUUAGGUAACUCUAGAAUAUUAACUUUGGUUAAAGUUUAUUCUGUAGAAAGUUAUAUUAAACUAUUGUGCCAUGUAUGGUAAUUAUAUUGGAAUUGAUGGUGGUAAAUGUUUAGCGGAUAAACAGCAACGCAUGAAAUUACUCAGCCCAACUCUACCCAGUUCAACAUCCUGCACUUUUCAUACUACAAAUUGGGCAAAUUUUCCAUCCCGAGCUAUUGCUUUUUGCUAUGCUUGAAUGUAUAAUUAUAUUAC